UGGGAAAAAGUUAAUUUGUAAGUUUUGCGACCUGUCAUUACAUUGCUUACGGCUGUUCUUGCAAGACAUAAGAUAAGAACGUGUUUAGGACGACGCGUUUUUUUUUUUUUUCUGGAGGUAGCAAGACGAAAAAAACUCUGACAUGAGGGUGUGCAUCAUUGGAGCAGGGGUCAUUGGUCUCUCCACCGCUCAGAGCAUCUACCAGCACUUCCACGGCAGGGUCACCCCCCUCACCAUAGAGGUGUAUGCUGAUGUCUUCACUCCACUCACCACCAGUGACGGGGCAGCUGGACUAUGGCAGCCAUAUCUCUAUGACAAGGGGAAUGUGCAAGAAACUAAAUGGAAUAAAGAGACAUUUGACUAUCUACUAAGUUGCCUCAACUCUCCAGAUUCAGUUAAAAUGGGAAUCUUCCUUCAGUCUGGUUACAAUCUGUGCACUGAACCCAUGCUGGACCCAUCAUUUAAAGAUGCUGUGUUGGGUUUUCGCCAGUUGACUAAACGUGAACUAGACAUGUUCCCAGGAUACAGUUUUGGGUGGUUCAACACAGCUCUCAUGAUUGAAGGAAAAACAUACCUACCCUGGCUCAUGGACUGGUUAAGGCAAAGAAAGGUCAAGUUUUAUCAGAGAAAGAUUGGUUCAUUUAAAGAGUUGGCAGACAGUGGUGCUGAUGUUAUCAUCAACUGCUCCGGUGUCCGAUCAGGAGACCUCCAGCCUGAUUCUGAACUCAAGCCAGGCAGAGGACAGAUUAUUAAGGUAGAUGCUCCCUGGUUGAAACACUGGAUCCUCACUCAUGAUACCUCAGCAGGAGUCUAUAACUCACCAUACAUAAUUCCUGGGAGUCGUUCAGUCACUGUGGGUGGUUUUCAAGUAGGAAACUGGAAUCUGCAGAACAGUUCUGUUGACCAUAAAGGAAUCUGGGAAGCUGCCUGCAAGCUUGAGCCCAGUCUACAGCAUGCACGGAUAGUAGAAGACUGGACUGGUCUCAGGCCCACACGCAGCAAAGUUAGACUGGAAAGAGAGACCAUACGAUCUGGACCAAUCUCAUUUGAGGUCAUUCAUAACUACGGACAUGGAGGUUUUGGACUGACCAUCCAUCGUGGAUGUGCUGAGGAAGCUGCUCAUCUCUUUGGACAGAUCCUGGAGCAGAAAGGCCUGCUGGCACUCUCUAAAUCACGUCUCUAAAAGCUCUGGGCCUUUGUAUCAAUUUUAUUCUCAUUAAUCUAAUUACUGUUGUCAUACUGAAUCCAUGAAAUAAUGAAUCUCCAGAAUUAAAUACAUUUCUCUACAUUCAUCUCCACUAAUUUAUAAUAAAGAUACAUGAACUCACUUUCUUUUUUUUUUUUAA